GUGCGCAGACUAGGGAGACCGCGCAGACAUGGAGGAACCAUACUCUAUGGGAUCCUGACCAUACAUGGUGGUGUGACCUUGAUUCGCGUGUUACCUAAUUUUGCGCAUGGUUGAAUAUCCGAAUGAAUAUCUUGAAAAACUUAUAUAUCAACAACAGAAGGAGCGACUUCAAAUUACUCAGUUUGGUAAUAUUUUUAAGGAAAGUCUCUAUUUGUGAUUGGCAAAACAUCGGCAAAUUUUGUUAACUUUUGCGUCCGCUCCGAGAAAAUCCGAUCUUCUCGACCAGCAUCAAGAAAUCGCCAGUUUGCAAGCAGAGGUCGGGGCAGAGGUCUGCAACGAAAUCUAUAGGACCUACUGAUCAGAAAUGGAGAGCAUCGUGAAAUCGAAUUUCUUGACGAUAACCUGUCUCAUUCUCCUCACAGGGCCAGUACAAGGAGUUGAAGCGGGCUGGAUAAAUUCGAUACUGACAAUCACUGGUGGUACUAUCGUCGGAGUCGGUUCUGCUAUGUUCGCUCUACCCGCAGCUUUAGGCCUUGGAGGUUUCACCGCAUCCGGUAUUUCAGCUGGGUCCAGUGCCGCAGGAAUGAUGUCAUCAGCAGCAAUAGCAUCGGGCGGAGGAGUUGCCUCGGGAAGCAUAGUCGCGGUGUGUCAGUCAAUAGGUGCUGCUGGAGUUUCUUCAGUUACGACAGCCGUAGCGGGCGCUGUAGGAGGUGUCGCUGCAGCAAUUGUCAGAGCUUUUCGUCCUUAAGUCACCACUUCCCUAUUUGCUGGCAAUCAUCUGUUUUACCUUCAUGCAACGUGAGGGAUGCAGUUAUCAUUAAAACUUGAUAAAAUGUCACCAUAUUCAUCGUUGGCACAUACAGCAAUAAUUCAUUAAUUCACAUUUUGGGGGGCAUUCACAAACAAAAUGUAUAUAUAUUAUGUGUUCAUGAUGGGCGGAUGAUCGACACAUUUAAGUAACUGUAAUAUGUGUUUAUCAUUAUCUACUUCACUGUAAAAAAUGAAAUGCUAAUUUCGCACUUACAGUGCUUGUAUAGUGACUGG